AGUAAACCAGGGAAUCUGGAGGUGACCGAAUGGCAGAUAGCAGAAUAUUGUCAAAACGUUGAAUUGGUCAAGUGUACACGUACACAUUAGUUGUCUUAGUUAGUAGUGACUAUAUUUCAUAGACAAAAUGGGAGCUCAUCUCGUUCGCCGAUAUAUCACCGAGAGGGACACCGAGCCAGAUCCAGCCAAGAAAUACGAAUUUGACCCCCAACUUGGCUUCCCUGAAAGGAAGGAGAGAGAAAUGGUUGCCACCCAGGAGCAGAUGAACCUGGCCCAGCUGCCAUUGGAGCAGAGGGACUACUGUGCCCACUACCUCCUCAAGUUCAUGAAGUGCAAGAGGGACAACUGGCCCAACUUCGUGGCUUGCAGUCAUGAGAAGCACGACUGGGAUUACUGCGAGCACCAGGACUAUGUAAUGCGUAUGAAAGAAUAUGAGAGGGAGAGGAGGCUCCAGCUGAGGAAGAAGAGAAUCGAGGCUCAGGCUGCAUGAUCAUGACCAACUCUGAACCUUCUCCUUCUCUGUAUAUAUCUGCGUCUGUCAACAAUAAACAGUCUUGUUUGA